UCAGCUGCCUGCAGACGGGAGGAGCAUAAUCCUGCGUUUCUGGGACGCGUUUCUCACCAUCAGCGUGGAUUUUUAUUUCCCUCAUCCUGCUGACUGACUAAUUGUUCCGGCGCCUCGCGACUGCAGGACAUUUAUUCUGCCCGUUUUUCCAACUUGUCGCACGAGGACUGAACCCGCGCUGCUGCACGGACAGGAUCUCCGGAAAAGUGACAUGAAACGCGAGGAGGGACAAGUGAGUCUCCUGGAAACAAGUAGGGGACAGAUCGGAGCACAGAAUCAGCGUGUUUUAACCUCAGAAGACUGAACAAGUCGCUCCAACAAACUGAUCUGGGGAAAGCAUGGACCUGAGCGCACGCGUCCCGCAGACACAACACGUUUUCGGACCAUUGCGGGAUUUAUGUGUUCGUUAAACUGUCUGUAAACUGUAAACUAAAAUGAGGAAACGGUCCUGCGACAGAUAGUUCUGUGAGUUUUUCCACAUUUAUCUGACACAGGAAGACCAGCCAGGCUCCAUCCGAGACUUUUUAAUGAAAGAAACUUGUGUGUUGUGGUGAACAUUUGGCUCAAUUUUUCUUAAAAUCGAGAGGAGAGGAUGUGUUCAACUGUUCAUCUGAGCCUGGUCUCUGUGCUGCUGGUCCUGUGGAGCGACGGGGGUUCAACCAUUAGCUCCAUAGACCUGGACUGGUCAGGGGAGGGGAGAUGUCAGCAGAUCAACAUCCCCCAGUGUAAAGACAUUGGCUACAACAUGACUCGCAUGCCAAAUCUCAUGGGCCACGAUGACCAAAAGGAGGCAGCGAUAAAGCUGCAGGAGUUCGCCACACUGAUACAGUUUGGAUGCCACAGUCAUCUCAAAUUCUUCCUGUGUUCACUUUAUGCUCCCAUGUGCACAGAGCAGGUGUCCAACCCGAUCCCAGCGUGCCGAGUGAUGUGUGAGCAGGUCAAGCUGAAAUGCUCGCCCCUCUUAGAACAGUUUAACUUCCCCUGGCCCGACUCUCUGGACUGCUCCCGGCUGCCGACCAAAAACGACCCGAACAACCUCUGCAUGGAGGCGCCCAACAACGGCUCCGACGAGCCCCCCAAAGUCUCCCACACCCAGCCUCCGGAUUUCAGGCCACAGCGGCCUCUGAGCGGGCAGGACCUGCACCUGAAGGACAGCGGCAGCAAGCAGACGUGCAGCAAUCCUGGCAAGUUCCACUUUGUGGAGAAAAGUGAGUCAUGUGCCCCGAAAUGCUACCCCAAAGUGGAUGUAUACUGGAGUCAGGGAGACAAGCAGUUCUCUCUGGUGUGGAUGGCCAUCUGGUCCAUCCUCUGCUUCGUCUCCAGCGCCUUCACCGUGCUCACUUUCCUCAUCGACCCGCAGAGGUUCAAAUACCCGGAGAGGCCGAUCAUCUUCCUCUCCAUGUCCUACUGUGUUUACUCUGUGGGCUACCUCAUCCGACUUUUUGUGGGAGCUGACAGAAUAGCCUGUGACAGAGACAAUGGGGUCCAGUAUAUUAUCCAGGAGGGUCUGGAGAGCACCGGCUGCACCAUUGUGUUUCUCAUCCUGUAUUAUUUUGGCAUGGCCAGCUCCCUCUGGUGGGUUAUCCUGACCCUCACAUGGUUCCUGGCUGCAGGGAAGAAGUGGGGUCACGAGGCCAUCGAAGCCAACAGCAGCUACUUCCACCUGGCGGCGUGGGCCAUCCCGGCCGUGAAGACCAUCAUGAUCCUGGUGAUGAGGAAGGUGGCGGGCGACGAGCUGACGGGCGUCUGCUACGUGGGCAGCAUGGAUGUCAAAGCUCUCACCGGCUUCGUGCUCAUUCCUCUCUCCUGCUACCUUAUUAUCGGCACUUCAUUCCUGCUGUCGGGCUUUGUGGCCCUCUUCCACAUCCGUAAGAUAAUGAAAACAGAGGGGGAGAACACAGACAAGCUCGAGAAGCUGAUGGUUCGCAUCGGGGUCUUCUCCGUGCUCUACACAGUCCCGGCCACCUGCGUCAUCGCCUGCUACUUCUACGAGAGGCUCAACAUGGACUACUGGCGCAUCCUGGCCGGGGAGCAGAAGUGCGUGGACGGCAGCGGGCCGGAAUCGAACGAGUGCGUCAUGAAGACCUCCAUCCCCGCCGUGGAGAUCUUCAUGGUGAAGAUCUUCAUGCUGUUGGUGGUGGGCAUCACUAGCGGCAUGUGGAUCUGGACCUCAAAGACGCUGCAGUCGUGGCAGAAUGUGUUCAGCAGGAAGCUAAAGAAGAGGACGAGGAGGAAGGCUGCCAGUGUGUUCACCAGCAGCAGGCCUUACAUCAAGCCUCACCCGUCUCUCAAAGGCCACAGUACAAAGUAUGAGCCUACACGGCCCCCUCCGACAUGUGUAUAAGCAGGCUCCCUUUGUUUAAACCCAAAAAUACGUGUAAAGCCCUUAACUAAAUGAGACCUUGUCAUCAGAGUGCCAUCUAAAGGUUUAUGUUUUAUUUAUGCAAACUCCAUUGAAGAUCAUGCAACAUGGGUUUUUUUUUCUAUCUUGAGCCAUCUCAUGCAACAAGAGCUGCCUUUGUUUGAGAAAAAAAAUCUGCUUCUCCUGGAUUCACUUAUCCUAUUGAGGAACUCGGUAGAGAAAAAAAUCUCAUUGUUCCCAAGACAAAAAGAGUGGAAUAAACCAUUUGGAUGUGCCACGGGGUUACUUGAAUUAUGUGCAAUAGUUGUUUUCCUUACAGGCAAAAAAGACACUUGUACUGUUAGUGACAGAUUACAGACAAUGAAAGGACCCCAUGGACAAUGGAGGCAAAUGGUCAGAGAGAUGAGUGUUUGGAAGCUUUUUAAUGGAAAUCGAGGCAGUGUCAUAUAUGUUUGAACUGGACUGAGAGCAGCUGUUGAAACGCGCUCCAGACCUUGCGGACUGCCCAUUGUGAGGCAAACCCACGCCAUAAAUUAAUCAAGCACUCGUUAUUGAAAAGUUAUUUGUACACGCAGUUGAGCUUUCCAUUUUUCUUUUUUUGUCUUCGCUGUUUUAUAGCACAAGGGAACGUUUGUGUAUAUUUCUAAAAGCUUCAGAUUUUAUAGAAAAAUUAAUAAAACGUUCUAGUUUUAAAUGUUUGUAAAA